UCGCCUGUCUGUCAGCCCGCCCGGCUGCGACAACUGCGACUGCGGCACAUUCCUACCGGCGAGCUCGACACGGCAUCGGGUCGUGGCGUUUGGAGAUAAGAAUUUAAAAAAACGACAGUGCACGUGGCUGCCUCCGCCAUGGAGGCCAUUGGACACAAGCUCUUUCAGCUCGGCGACCCCGAGGGAAAGGGGUUCAUCGUGAGGCGAGACAUGCAAAAAUUAAAAGACGAGCUCUCAAUGACACCGGAGCAAUUGGAGAUCGUAUUUGAUACAUUGGAUGUCGAGCAAAAGGGUUACCUCACACUCUGUCAAUUUUUGGAAAAAUUCAAAGACACAGCACCAAUGAAUUUCCGGAAUAAUCGAUGGAAGGAGCAGCAAAUGUUCAAAUGUUCCUACACAGAAGACAUACAAACACUUUUGCAAACAAUUAAAGACACGAACAUGAUUAAAUUGAGCAUAGGACAUUUAGAGAACAUAUGCAAAGCAGCCUCUCAAACGGAACCAGACAGUGCAGUUUCGGUGGGCCGCGUCGAAGCGUUUCUCAGGGCACUAAACAUGGACUUGAUAAAGAUCGUCGAACGCGACAGGGAGCUGGAAGAGAUGCUGCAGAGCCGUGAGGUCCAACACCAAAACAACAUGCAAAAACUUUUUGAAGAACUCGAAUCGCAUUUCCGCGAAGAGCAAGAAAAGACUAAACUUGAAGACCAAAGAAAGUUCCGGUCAGAACUAACCGCGUUGGAAAACGAACUAGCCGACAAAGAGGAAAGGUUCCGAGCCGCCGUGUCAACUAGACAGGAAUUUGCGGGACAGCUAGUGGCGGCUCAACAACGUGAACUGGCAGUUAUGGCGGAAAACUCUAAACUUAUUGAAACUCGUGAGAGGCUAUUGAAUGAUUUGGAUGCAGAACGGACCAAAACCUGUAGGCUGGAGAAAAUCAUUGAGAGGACCAAUGCAGAGUCCGCUGCAGACAAUGAGAAACAUUUCAAACAAGGAUUCUAUGUGGCGAAAAAUUUGGUCUCUCUGAAAGAGGAAGGACUUUUGCAACAGUUAGAAAUCCUACAGGACAUGAAAAACGUCCUACUGAACUGAUGAUGGUCGGGAGUCGUCAUCAUCGUUACCACUCGACUCAUGUUACACUAUUGAUAUAUUUUAUUAUGCGCAUCUACAUAGACUUUAUAAUAAUACAACAUCGACAAUAAUAUAUCAUCGUCAUCAUCAUUA